CCAAGGACAAAAUAUCAGACAGUCAAAAAGAGUUGGGAUUCUUGUCUAUGGAAGCAUUGUCUGUACUUCUGAGUGGAAAUUCCAAUAAUGCUGGUGUAUUCAGAGAGUGUGGCGGUGCACGCUGUGCUCACAACAUGGUGCCCUACCCAGAGUGUCGCCAGCAGGCGCUGGGUAUUGUCCAGCAGCUGGUGCUGUCCUCUGGUGGUGACGAUGACAUGGGGACAUUACUGGGGUUAAUGCACACUGCCCCUGUCAUAGCGCUGGAGUUGAAGACACAUAUACUCAAGUCCUUGCUGUCAGUAUUGCGUGAGAGCCAUCGUACAAGGACUGUAUUCAGGAAAGUGGGUGGCUUUGUGUAUGUGAUGUCAGUGUUGGUGUCUAUGGAGGGGUGCUUGGCAGAGCCACCAAAGUCCCCUUGGGAAACAGCUGAGAGAAAAGAUGUUCUUACUCUCUUGAAACUGGUGUUCAGUGUACUGACAGUGGCUAUGAGAUAUGAACCUGCAAAUGCCAAGUUUUUUGCAACUGAUGUGCAAUAUAGUAGCCUGACAAAUGCAGUGAGACUGUUGGGAUGCUUCUCGAGUCAAAAAUUCUUGGAAAAACCAGCAGCAAACAUGACACCAAGUGAAGUUCAGCCAUUUGAGGAGUUCUUUAAUACUCUAAGUGAAGAAAAAUGUCCCACCAUACCGAGAAUCCUUCAGUCUGCUUGCUUAAUGAUCAGGUUCAUGCACGAUAUGGUCUUAGAUGCUUUUGACAGAUACCGCUUUGACAGUUCAGGAGGAGGCGUGGCUGGCAACGAGAGCCCCAAGUCAGUGAAGAAGGUGCCCUCUCUAAAGGAGUCCACUGCCCCUCCCUCUCAACUGUCCUCCUCCCCCAAACGAGCCAGCACAGGUAGUGUCAAUGUCAGUCUGUCCCUGGCUGAAAUCAAGCCUGAUCCGGUCAUUGUCCACUCUGGGGCAGUCAUAUCAAUGCUGCACCUGCUGCCAGCUGUGAGUUUUGAAGAUGAUGCUCAGCUGGUCCUAGACCUCCAGGUUCAUGUGGCUUCUGUGCUCAAGUCUCUCCUGCGUAGUGAACGGAACCAACAGGUGAUGUGUGAAGCAGACAUGCCCCAUGAGCUCCUCAGUAAGUGCACUGUAGCUCUGGAGGACGAGAGUCAUCCUCUACACCCUCCUCUGCAGUACAUGUUUGAAAGACUGGCGGCUCAGUCUCUUACACCUAAAGAUUUGAGAGAUUUCAUGCGUCUUGGCAACCCACUUAGCUGUGCACCAAUAGAGGAACCUGACAGCAAGGAGGAUCCAGACAGCCCUGACCACACAGAAGAUUCUUCCUCCUCAUCAACAGCAGCCAUAGGUGUCAAAAGAGGCAAACAUGAAGGGAAACUGGUGCCAUUAACCAGGGUCAAGUGCCUGGUUUCCAUGACAACCCCUAGAGAUGUUCGUUUCCAUGGCUCCCUAGUUACCCCACCUUUUGUGCAGUUUGAUAUGAAUGUGGAGGGGUUUGGCUGCCUGUAUUUGCCCAGUAUAGCACCCCAGGGGCCACCCACACCCUCAGUGGUAGGCAUGGGGAUGGGGAGCACAGGGGACUCAGCAGUACUUGGAGGGAUUGGAGCAGGAGAGCGUGUAUUCCCCCCACAGGCAGGGCUGACCUACUCCACCUGGAUAUGCGUGGACAAGUUCAGCACCAACUCUUCCUCUGAGGCUCACCCUGUCCGCCUGCUGACCGUGGUCAGGAAUGUCCAGGGGAGAGAGGAGAGCUCUGUGUGUCUCAGUAUACUACUGCACCCCAGGGACAGGGCCUUGAUUGUGUCCACCAGGGAGACCAUCAUGACUGCCUCCAGUGAGGCCGAACUCAAGGCACAUUCGCGCAAAAGUGGAGCAACAUUUGACCGUGACCCACAGUUGGGGGACAACACGGUUCGUAUCUGGUGUCCUGAGUUGACACAGGAAGGACAGUGGCACCACCUGGUGUUGUUAUUCAACAAGGCAGGCAUGCUCAAAAACAGCAAUGUUAGCGUGUUUGUUGAUGGAGAACCUGUCAAUACAAGCAAGCUUCACUACAUAUCCCCCAAUAUUGGAGUAGGGGGCACAGCCAGCCCCUCUGCCAUCACCUCCGUGUUUGCUUACAUUGGGACUCCCCCAGUGAUCAGGAAGCAGUCCAGGCUGGUCUGGAGACAGGGGCCAUGUCACCUGUUUGAGGAUGUGAUAUCACAGUCAGCAGUGCAGACCAUAUAUCAACUGGGGCCUAACUAUGUGGGCUGCUUCCAGGCACCUUCAUUUGAUGACAGUGAGAUAGGCCAGCCACUGGUGUCUGAGGACAGGGUCAUAUUUGGAGUAUAUGUGCAGCCUGUCUCCAAUCUUACCAUUGCCAAGAUCAGGAAAGUUUACAACAAGAAUGAUGCCAAGACCAUUGCUAAACAGCUCUCCAUGUCUGCCCAUGAUAGUGUGACACCAAUCCGUAUCCUCCACAAUGCUGCAGGUCACCUGAGUGGACCAGCUAGGUCAUUUGGGGCAAUACUCAUGGGAUAUAUAGGAGUGAGAACAUUCUGCCCCAAGCCUGUAGCAAAGACACUGGAGAACAUUGGCAGUGUGUCUCUCCUGAUGGGGCUGAUAGCAAUGGCAGACGACGUGGAGGGACUGUAUGCUGCUGUAAAGGCUUUGGUCUGUGUGGUCAAGAGCAAUGAUUCCAUCAUGAGAGAGAUGGACAGAACUAGAGGCUACCAGACGUUGGCCAUGCUGUUCAAGAAGAAGCGCCAUCUAUUGAACAGCCACAUCUUACACUUGACCUUCUCACUGGUCGGCACAGUGGACAGUGGCAGGGAGACUACAGUCAUACCAAAUAAAACUGCAUUUGAGGAUGUUCUGUGUGAUCUACAAGUGUGGCAUGAAGCUCCUGGAGACCUCCAGAGAUCACUAUAUGAACACUUUUACGAGCUGCUUACUGAGUCCAGUGAGCAGAAAACCAACUUUAAGCUGAUGCAUGAGGUUGGUCUGGUCCAGAAACUGUUGUAUAUCCUGCCGGACCCCAACCUGUCUGAUGCCACACUCCAGACCAUUGCCAGUGUAUUCACAGUAUUACUUAGAGGUGCACAGGAGUCCAAAGCUCUGCUCAAGUUUGGCCAGUUUGCAGUCUCCACUCUGCCCCCUGUCAACACAAAGGAAGGGGACCUCAGUCUGGAGGAGAAGGUGGGAGAUGAAGUACUGGAAGGAGAGGCUGAAUUGCAUUCUGUUGGUAGUGAUCUUCCAGAUAACUCUGAAAAGGUGCUUGUCUACAGGAUAAAACUGAGGAACCACUUACUCCAGAUAAUACUCAAGCUGCUUUACUUGCCAAAUCCCAGAAUGGUCAAUCAGCAAGUGUCUGACGAAAUCCAAAGAGUUCUAGGUUUUGAUUGGUUGAUGCUGUUUCUCCAAGGCAAUCUUCACCCAACCACAGUGGUUCUUGCAUUCAAAAUCUUGGUGGUAAUGCUGGGAAAUGCCACCUCUCUCCAGAGGUUUCGUGAGGGUUUGCUUGCAGGAGGUUGGUUACACGAUACUGAGGCUGUCCUUGAAAAUCGUUUAGGAGUGCUUCUUGGCUUUAAUGUUGGCUCUGGGAAAAUGAAAACAGAGAAGAGAGAAAUCAACACAGAUGUGUGCCACAUACAUGGCUUUACUUUACUGCAGGGACUGUUACCAAAGCAUUGCUAUAUACCAGAACUGUACCUUAUGUUGAUGUCACUGCUACUGGGACAGCCAGUAAAGGAACUGCCCUUAGACAUACAGUUUGACAUAGACUCAGUGUGGACAUACAUAUUUGGAGUGCCAGCCAGCCAACCUGCCGCAAGCCUGAAGAACCACAAGACAGAGUUUUGUCCAGAGGCUGCUUUCUGUAUUCUGGCCAUGGUCAGGGCCAUCUUCAAUCAGAGUUGGCAAGAAGCAGAUGAGUCAUCAUGGGAAAGAGUGUACCCAGUGACCUUGCUCCAGUUCCUGUUGUUCUUGUACCACAACCAGCCAGACUUUGUCCCGGUGUGUAUGAGUUCAGAGUUCCUGGGUGCUCUGGCUUCUACAAUGUUUCCCAUCAAGUCAACAUCAGGGUCGAGAAGUGAUGUUACCACUCCCACUGAAGAAUACAAGCCCCUCCCUGGUUCAGAGCCCAUGCUAGUAGUCAACUCUCCGGACAAUUCUCCUUCCUCAGCACACCUGUGUGGUCAUCCUGCAAAGAAAUUUGUGACCGACUUUAUGAGGCAGAUAGUAGUGGACAGCUUGUCUCACACCAACCAAGGAAAAUCUCAGCCUGUUAUUGAUCUGUUGUUAGAGACGGCACCAGAACAGUCCACCAGGCGGCAGCAGAAGGAGUUCCAGACUGCCCUGCUGAAAAGUCUAAUGGACCAUCUCCUGGCAGCAGAUGCCUUAAUGGGGGAGCAGGCUGCACUGCCUAUCUCUUCCUCAGGAAACUAUAACAAUGUGGCCAACAAUGUCUUCUACUUUGCCAGUAGGGUGGUGGAUAAACUGUGGCAGGGAAUGUAUGUCAGAGACUCCAAAGAUGUGUUUGAAUUUGUCAGUAAACUGAUUGCACAAGCAAAGAGAAGAGCCUCUGGGGUUUCCUUAGACCCCAUCUACAAAUGCCUAAAUCGCACAAUCCUGUACCACCUUUCCCGCCCCACGUAUGCCGUGCCAGCCCAGAUGAGUGUGCUGGACGCCCUGCACAGACUGACCAGUAACAGGAGCCUGGUGUUUGGACCUGGGAAUUAUGACCAAGAGUUCAUAGGAUGUCUGUGUUACUGUUUGCUACAACUGACCGAUGACUCUGGGAUCCCCACUGUGAAUGAGGAGACAAUCAGCCAGAACACCACAUGGCACGUGGCUCCAGUGCAUGACUCGGAUGAUGACUUGGAGAAGGAAGAUAAAAAGACAAAGAAUGAGGAGGGGCAGAUCCUUGUCGCAGCUGCUGCCAAGAGAGUGUGGGAGGAGCUCUAUGUUUGCAAGAAACCUGCUAUCGAAGAAGUGUUUAAAGUGAGUUUGAAUGGAGGUGAUGUAGGGGGAGCCUCUAGAAUACACACCCCAGAGCUGAGCAGUGUCAGGUUGCAAAUCCAAGAAGCUGCCUCCAGAGUCUGGCACCAGUUCCUAGAAAAUGAGAAGAGAACAUCCCUCAGGGAUUCCGAGAAAUUGACAAUGCAAUUACAGUCUAGAAUCCAGAGAGUUGGUAGUGGUGCCUUGAGACUAGUCAGCAGAAGAAGUAGGAAGGAAAUCCCGGUCAAAGCCAUAUCUCUUACAAAACAGGAGAGCAUUACCUGGACCAUGGCACAUAUAGCCGUGGUACAAGAUUUGGUGCAGCUGCAGAGAAAUCAGUACAUGCUGGCCCAGCAGCACAUGGAGAAAUACUUACUAGAUGAGUGGUCCCAAGUUGAGAGUGAACUGAUGAGGGAGAGGGGUGUGUGGGGGCCACCCGUAGGAUCCAGUCUGGAUAAGUGGAUACUGGAUAUGACAGAGGGUCCUUGUCGCAUGCGCAAGAAGAUGCUGAAAAAUGACAUGUUCUACAUUCAGUACCCAUACAUCAAGCAGGAUGAGAAUAAACCAGUGAAGUACAAGACUGCAGUGAGCAGAGACAGUGCCAAAUACUACAAAAGAUUCCGUUCCCAUAGUUUAGUAGGAGAUGAGAACAUACCCCAGCUUCAGGCUGAUGGCUCUGACACCCCUACUUCUGUGGACAUGGAGACCAUAGAGGAGAACAGAGAGGGCUUGUUCAAUCCACCAAGCCUUCUACGUAGAGCCAAUAGUAACAAAAGCAUGAACAGUGUAUCUAGCAGUAGUGUAGGGGGAGCCAGUAGUGCAGGAGGAGGCAGUGUAGACAACAUGAUGGAGGAAGACCAGGACACGGAUCUACUGAGCGCUGAACCUGGAGCAGAGGGCAACAAACCUGAUAACGAGACUUUGCUGCGGUUGCUGGAUGAGGGAGAAAAGAUCACCCACAUGUUCCGCUGUGCCAGAAUCCAAGGUCUGGAUACAUGUGAGGGACUGCUGCUGUUUGGCAAGGAACAUUUCUAUGUAGUGGAUGGGUUCACACUGCUCAGUACCAGGGAAAUAGCUGAUAUUGAUAGUGUGCCACCUGAGUAUCAUGACCCCAUUAUUCCUACCAAGGGGACUGGUGGAACAACUCAGAAAAGACUGUGCAGCAAAUUCAACUACGAAGACAUCAAGGAGGUCCUGAAGAGAAGAUACCUGCUGCAGCCUAUAGCCAUUGAGGUGUUCUCAGCAGACGGUAGAAAUUUCCUUCUGUCCUUCCCUAAGAAAAUCCGGAACAAGGUGUAUGCCAGGUUCAUGGCUGUGGCAUCCUCUCUCACUGAUAAUGCCCAGCAGUCUGUGGCUGGCCAGAAACAGAAUGCCAAGAUUGAACCAGGGACUGGCAUCAUCAGUAGUUUAAUUGGAGAGAAGUCUGUUACUCAAAGAUGGGAGCGAGGAGAGAUCACCAACUUCCAGUACUUGAUGUAUCUAAACACCCUGGCAGGCAGGUCUUACAAUGACCUCAUGCAGUACCCUGUGUUCCCAUGGAUUGUGGCUGACUAUGACUCAGAGGAGUUGGACUUAACACAGCCAGAAACGUUCCGUGACCUGAGUAAACCCAUGGGAGUCCAGACUCCAAAUAGACUGAAGCAGUUCAUCAAGAGGUACAAAGAUUGGGAUGAUCCUACCGGUGAGACUCCACCCUACCAUUAUGGUACCCACUAUUCCUCUGCUAUGAUUGUGGCCUCUUAUCUGGUUAGAAUGGAGCCUUUCACACAGCACUUCCUGAGGCUGCAGGGUGGUCACUUUGACCUUGCUGACAGAAUGUUUCACAGUGUGAAGGAAAUGUGGCUUUCUGCCUCACAGAAUAACAUGGCAGAUGUGAAGGAACUCAUUCCAGAACUGUUCUACCUUCCAGACUUCUUACUCAACUCUAAUAACUUUGACUUGGGUUUAAAGCAGAGUGGCGUGCCUCUUGGAGAUGUUAUACUCCCACCAUGGGCAAAGGGAGACCCACGUGAGUUUAUCAGGGCUCACAGAGAAGCUUUGGAAUGUGAUUAUGUCAGUGCUCACCUCCAUGAGUGGAUAGACCUGAUCUUUGGGUACAAACAACAGGGACCAGCAGCAGUGGAGGCGGUCAAUGUAUUCCACCACCUGUUCUAUGAGGGCAAUGUGGACAUCUACACAAUUGAUGACCCACUGAAAAAGAAUGCCACCAUUGGAUUUAUCAAUAACUUUGGACAAAUACCCAAACAGCUUUUCAAGAAGCCCCAUCCCAGCAAAAAGUUGAACAUCAAGCAGUUGGAGCCUGUUCCUGUUAACUCUCCACCAAACUCCAUGGCUGACAAGCUGUUCUUCCACAAUGUGGACAACUUGAGGCCCAGCAUGCAGCCUAUCAAGGAGCUCAAAAACCCAGUGGGGCAAAUCUUGCACACUGAGAAAGCUGUGCUGGCAGUUGAACAGAAUAAAGUCCUCAUUCCCACGAUAUUCAACCGCUACUUGGCGUGGGGGUUUGCUGACCUCAGUCUGAGGAUAGGAGCAUAUGACUCAGACAAGGCCAUCUCAGUGUUUGAGAACCUGGACAGUAAUGAGAUCCUGUGUGCUUCCUGCCCCAGUGCCAGAGUGCUGGUCACAGGAGGAACUAGUACAGUGGUCAAUGUCUGGAAGCUAGGAGAUGGUAAAGAUAAACGUCAGCUUUCCUUACGGAGACCACUGUAUGGUCACACGGAGCCAGUCACAUGUAUAGCAGCCUCGGCAGCCUAUAACUUAAUAGUGAGUGGCUCCCGAGACAGGACUUGUAUCCUGUGGGAUCUGAGCCGACUGAAUUUUGUGCGGCAGCUGAGGGGACAUGUGGCACCAGUGGCAGCAGUUGCCAUCAAUGAACUUACAGGAGAUAUAGCUACAUGUGCAGGCACAUAUCUCUAUGUGUGGAACAUUAAUGGAGAAGAGAUUGCACAUGUCAAUACAGCCACCUCUAGGAACCAGCAGAUUCUUUGUGUAGAAUUUUCUCAGAUGAUGGAGUGGGACAGCAGGAAUGUCAUACUGACUGGAAGCAGUGAUGGAGUUGUGAGAAUGUACAGUGUGGAGUACGUACAAGUGCCAACUGAAGAAUACUAUAGAAAGCAGGAGCAAGCCAAACUGAGGCUACAAGUGGAGAAAGAUGAGGAAGAAGAAAGUAAAAACUUAUCUGUGCCAAAGUCCAUUCCAGACGAUAAUUUAUCAGCAUGUUCUUCAACUGAGAAAUUAGACAUGCAGGAUGGAGACCAGGAUUCUAUAGACUAUAGUUCCUCUGUGGAUGAGGGCUCUAAUCUAGAACGUUACUACAGUAGAGAAUUUAGCACAGCUAGCACUGCGACCACAGAUGGGGAGGACGGUUUGACAAGAGAUGGCAGUGGGCGUGGUCUGUCAGAUGAAGGCGGGGCAGAUACCUUGACAAGGAAUGACAGUGGGCGUAAUCUGUCUGAUGAGGGCGGGGAUGAUACUUUAAAAAGAAACAGUGGGGCACAUAUCAUAUCAGAUGAUAGUGGAGAUGGGACAUUAAAAAGGAACAGUGGACUGCAUCUCAUAUCCGAUGAAGCUCUGUCAGAGGCCUCCGUACCAUCAGACCAGGCAGAAAAUAAUUCUGAAGAUGUUAUGGACGGGAAUAUCUUAACAAGGCAUAAUGGAAUUGAAGCUCCAAAGAUAUCUGAACCUGGAGUAAACCCCUCUCCAUCCAUCUCUGACUAUGUUAUAAUUGAUGAUCAAGAUGUCAAGUCUGCACCCCCAAGUCCUGCUCAUAGCUUACUCAAGUACAGCACAAAGGGAACAGUUAAGCUAAGAGAUGGUUUCAAGUGGCAGAGACAGCUGGUGUUCCGUAGUAAGCUGACCAUGCACACAGCUUAUGAGAGGAAAGACAACAGAGACCCAGCAGCUGUUACUGCCCUAGCAGUAUCUAAGUGCCAUAAGACAGUGUUUGUAGGGGACGCCAAAGGCAGGGUGUUCAGCUGGAGCGUCACUGACCAGCCUGGACGUGUGAUAGCUGACCAUUGGGUGAGGGAUGAAACUUCAGAUGUGUGUGUGGCAUGUGGAGUGAAAUUUUCCUUCUCAGAGAGAAGGCACCACUGUAGGAACUGUGGCCAGUUGUUCUGUUCCAAAUGCAGCAAAUUUGAAAUAGAAAUCCCACGUUUACGAAUUCACAAACCUGUCCGCGUCUGCCUUGCCUGUCACAACAUUCUGCGGGCACAAGAGGCCUCGGACGCUCUCACCAGCAAAGCUUGACAUUGAGGGAGAUUUAAAGUACAUAUAUAAUGGGGAUAAGGAAAGGUUUCUUAACUGUCUGAUAAACAUUACCACUGAGGGAGACCAAGAAAGCCAAAGAAAUUUUAAGAAAAACAAAAAGUUGUAUUGGGGUUUAUUCAAAGUGUAUGAUAAGUGAUAAAAGAAUUUUCUCUUUGUGCAAUGCUCACAGAGCAAAGUCAUUCAUAAUAUAAGGUUAUGGUAGCUUUAUGAGUAGUUGAUGAUUCAACUAUUUGUAUACAAGUUCAGAUUGGGCAUCUUGUUGUAAAAUACUGUUUGAUAUAUGGAAGUCUUUAAUGGGCAAUGCACUUAAUAUUCAGAGAGAAAUUUUAAAACAUACCAGCUAUUCAUCCUUGUAAAAGAAGUUUUGAUCUGUGUUCAAUGUAAACAGUAGAAGAAAUCCUCUUGCUUUAUCAGAGAUCCUGUUAAAUUUAUACAAUAUUUAUUACAGUGUUUACAAAAUAUAAGGAUACUAGGACUUGUGACUUCUAAAAGUUUCACUUUCAUCUUUAUAUUAAGUGAUUUUUAAAAAAUACAACAAUACCUCUACCAAAACAUAACAGAAUUGUAGAUCUUAAGCAAAGAAAUAGCACUUAAACAUUCUUCUGACCACUUUAUUACACAGCUGAAAAUAGAGGGUAUUAUUUGUUGGAAAUAUGUAUGUUUAUAUUCACAUAAAAUUGUCUCACAAGUCUUUUAGGAAAGUAUGUGCAAGUUUUGAAAGUAUUUCAGUGGAAAAAGUCUAAACUAGAAAUUGUCUUUAAAUAAGAAGACUUCCAACCAAGUAUUGUAGUUUACAAUUAUACAACUUGAUAUCAAUGUCACCAUUUAAAUACUGUAUUAAUACUGUUAAAGUCAAUAUACUCCAAUAAUGUGCAAUGUUUUAAUGUUUUGUGAUUCUGUUUCAUGUGACCAUGUACAUUGUAAAGUAGAAAAGCAUGUUGAGCUGUAAAAACAUUUAAAUGAUGCUACAUUUAUGUAUAUAAAUUAACUUAAAAAUGAACCCAUCACAUAUUUUAGUUCUGAAUUAGAAUAUGUGACAAGUAUAUGCUUGUAUUUCUGCAAUAUUUGUAUUUAUUUGUAUUUGUCUUGUUUGUUAUUGGCUUUAUAUGCCUUUAUUUCAGUCUACCGCAUACUGCAAACCUACUGUAAAAAGGUGUCACAAAUUGCGGCCUUCAUUCCAGGAACAAAAAAAUACCUGACAAUUUGUAGCCAAUAGAUGGAGCUACAAUCUUGUACAUUUCAGUGUUGUCAAAUAAUGAUUAUUGUUUGGAAUAUCCUAAUGUUGAAAAAGAGGCGCUGGAAAGACCACACCAAGCAACCACUCUUAUGAAAUACUGGUAUUCCGUAAAUUGAUAUUUCCUCAAAAACAUUUGCUUGUUUGCGCAUAUCUACUACGUUAUGAUUGGCUGGUAACUUUGCUGUUGGGUAUAGAUGUUCGGAGAUACAAGUUUGCAAAGUAAAUAUAAAGAGAGAAAAGUAAGAUUAUCACAUAACUUAACUGACACCAGCUUUAGCUAAAAAGGGCAUCACUACUUGAGUGUGGUAUGUCAUGUACAUUGUAAUUUGAAUUCGCGUGCAUUGUAUUUCUGUGUAAACAGAAUAUGACAUCAGUUACAGUGACUAAAUAA